AUGAAGAAGCUUUUUUCGAAAAUUGACAACACAUCUAAAGAGCCCAAUAGUUACCUGGGCAAAAUAUUUGUUGUCGGUCGACACACAGUCACCGUUGAGGAAGUCCUUGCUGAAGGAGGAUUUGCCAUAGUAUUUUUGGUUAAGUCAUCAAAUGGUAGAUAUGCUCUUAAACGCAUGUAUGUCAAUAAUGAACAUGAUCUCAAUGUAUGUAAAAGAGAAAUACAAAUUGCAAGCAAUUUGAGUGGACAUAAAAAUAUUAUAGGAUAUGUAGAUAGUAGUAUUACUCAUAUAGGAGGUGGAGUCCAUGAACUCCUACUUCUUAUGCCCUAUUGUAAAUCACAAGUCCUUCAAAUGAUGAAUAAUAGGUUACAAACGGGUUUUAGUGAAUCUGAAGUGCUACAAAUAUUUUGCGAUGUGUGUGAAGCAGUUUCACGAUUGCAUCAUUGUCAAACGCCAAUUAUUCAUAGGGACCUGAAGGUGGAAAAUAUAUUACUUGCUGACUCAGGACAUUAUGUAUUAUGUGAUUUUGGUUCAGCUACGGGAAAAGUAUUGAAUCCAAGUGUCCAAGGUGCAGCAGUUGUAGAGGAAGAAAUAAAAAAAUAUACGACCUUGAGUUACAGGGCUCCAGAAAUGGUUGAUAUGUAUUGUGGAAAACCUAUAACUACUAAAGCUGAUAUUUGGGCAUUAGGAUGUUUAUUGUAUAAACUGUGUUUCUUUACUUUACCUUUUGGAGAAAGUACACUUGCAAUUCAAUCAGGAAAUUUUACUAUCCCCGAUAAUUCAAGAUAUAGCAAAGCAUUACACAAUUUAAUAAGAUAUAUGCUAGAACCUGAUCCAGAUUUACGACCUGAUAUUUUUCAAGUGUCGUCCGUGGCUUUUCAAAUUCAAAGCAAAGAAUGUGCCGUACAAAAUUUAUUUAAAGUUGCAACGCCCACUAUUGAUAGUUUACCUAGUGCACCACUCGAAUCUGAAAGUGUAAAACGAUCAGCGUCGAUUAAAAUUUCAAAACCAACACCAGUAGCAACAACAGUUGAAGGUACUUCCGUUACACCACGACAAAGGCCAAAAGGGCAAGGAGUAGGUACAGGUCCAAUUAGUUUAACUGGUCAGAUUGUUAGUCAAAUAUCUGGCCAAGGAAAUCAAAUACAACAGCAGAGUGGUACUUCAGUGUCUUACGUACAAGUUAAUCAAUCGGCAACAGUUAAUACCUCACAACAACCGUAUAUAGCUCAAGGUGUGCAAAUAGUACCUACAAUGCCGUCAAAUCAACCAUCACAACCCUUGCAGUUAUCAAUGCAGUCCUCUUUCGCUCAAGUCUCACCACAUAUUACUUCUCCAAGUCAAAGUGUUUCCUCCUUUGUACCAAAUCAGACUUCUCCAUUUAGUCAGUCUCAGAGCCCAUUAGUAUCUGGGCAUGCAUCCCAACUGACUCAACAAUCGCCUGUAACAGUUCAAGAUAAAACUGCAUAUUAUUUUGACGUAAGACAACAUGAAAUAAGACCAGGAGUUGCUGAUGAACAAUUAGAAGCUUUAUUUCCAUCUUCCGGCUAUCCAGAUCCAUUUAAAGAUGAUGCUCGGUCAAUGCCACCUCCUUGUAAAAUGCCAGCUUCGGGAUCAACCAAAGUUCUUCCAAAACUAACAACUCCAACAAGUAGUGGAUCUCCUAUGAUAUUUGCUUCACCAACUCAAGUACCACAAAAAAUAAAUACUCCAUUAUCCCAAGCUAAAGCACCACUCACUUUCCCACCUCAAGCUUCUUCUAAGCAAACCCAUAAAUCUGAGAGUUUAAGUCAAAAUAUUAGUGCUAAUACUUCACCGCCGGAUAGCCCGACAGCGUCAUCAUCAAGGCAUCGAAGAAAUGUUAGUGAUACAAGUGCUUUCAAUAAGGUUUUCGCUAAUGAGACAUCUCAAUUUUUGGCACCUUAUGAUGCUUCAGUGAGACCGCAUUCAGAAGAAGAUACAUUGCCAGAUAUUAAAACAGACGGAAGGCCGUGCAUCGGCACGAGCGCCUCCCAUGUACGUGUUGGUGAAUUGUCUAGUGUGUCAAGUGCAGAAAGUCGAUCUUUGAGUGUUGAUGUAUCAACUUGGAAUCCUUUUGAAGAUACACAGCCAUUUAACCAAUUAACAGAAGAUCAUAUUUUCGGAGCUGAAUUUGACAAAAUUCGACGGGGUAGUAACAGCAGUAUUGGUGGUGUUAAGAGUCGAGAAAGUUUAGUUAUGUCUUACUCAGAAGUACCAGAAGAUCCAUUUGAAUCGGCUCCUUUUUCAUUGCCUGCGGGUAAAAAAUCAAAACUUGGAUCCAAGACGACUGCAAUCGCUGGAGGAUCAGAUUUACGAAGUGGAAAGUUAGCAACAGUUCAUUGGAGUCCUGACACAGAGCAGCCAGCGGCUGAUGAUGAAGCAUCUUUGUUAACAAAAUCUAGUCCAAUAUCACCCCAAUUCGUGCGUGUGCCCGUUGAAGAUCGGUCUAAAUAUGAAAAGCUGGCUUUCAAUGCCGACGAUGUGUCAAGUGACAGUGAUAAAGAAAUAGCACAAAGAAACCAAGAACGUCUAAAGAAAAAACGUCGCCGUGUAAAAGGUGUUUUAAGUAGACGAAAAAAAGAAGUGUCUUCUCAAGAAUCUGGUCAAGCGCCUGUCGAGUAUGAAUCCGAUGACUCAAUAGGAUCAGCGAGUGAUCUUAAAGCAAUGAAUUACGAAGACGGUAAUGAACUGGAUGAUGACCAAGAUGAAAAUGAUGAUGAUCGUCGAAAAAUAGACGAAACUAUUUCAGAAAGUGUUCGCACUUGUGGCAGCUCGGCUUAUCAUGCAGAAUGUGAAUCUGUAGCAACUCACGAAGAUGAUCACAGAAUUAGGAAACCAAAAAGAUAUCGUGAACAUCAAGCGUUACCGACAAUUCACGCAGAUCCUGUAGUAGGCCACCAGUAUGGUGAAAAACCUCUUUUACUUGAUGAUGAACUUGAUCCUGAAGCUAAACCUGGGCAGUUACACGGAGAUCCUUUUGUUGGACAUCAGUAUGGUUCAAAGCCUCGUUUGCUUGAUAAUGGUAGCUCUUCCGAUGAAAUAAAUAAGACUAAUAUUGUUAAAAAUGGUAUUUUUAAAACUGAUGAGGAUGUUUUUGCUUUAGCACCUUUUCCAAGACCAACGAGUUCACGUAAAAGUAGUGAUAGUAAAGAAAAUAUUAUUAAGAUAGUUGAAUCAACUAAUAGUAUACCUAAUACUCCACCAAAUACCAAUUUAAUAUCUCCAAUAACGGAUUCUCCAAUUGUUUCUGGUACAUUAGUUGACAUUGACGAUAGUCCAGAUUCAAACGUUGUAUUAAAAACUCCUGGGUUGUCGAAUGUACCUCUAGAAAGCUGGAAUAAUUAUGAAAAUGAUAAUUUUAUGAGUCCACAGCCUGUUAAAUUUACAACUGAAGUAAUUAGAGAAGAUAAAGAUCUUUUUGGGUCGUUGCCAUUUAAUUCAAGCUUUACGAAUCCGUUUAAUAAGCUUGGUAAUUACCAAACAAAGACUGAAAUUGCGUCUUUACCUUGUCAUACUAAUUCGUACUCAAACUUCAGUGUGAAUAACACGACUCAAAUAACAUCUCAGAAUAAUAGUCAAGUAAAUACUAUUAAUAGUAUUCCAGGUGUUAAUUACAGACAAGUAACAACUAAUACAAAUAUUAUAACUAUUAAUAAUACAACACCUAAAGAUCUUUUUGGGUCAAUUCCUUUUGAUGAAUUUGCAACUUUGACUCUUAACAACCAACAUCAGCAACAUCAGCAACAACAGCAACAACAACAACAACAACAACAACGACCUACAUCAUUGCCGUUAUCACAAUCUCCCGGAUUUGUAGAUAAUGCACUUAAUACCAUUUUGUCAAGCAGUGCCCAGUCUACGCAAUCCUGUCAAUUUUCUUCUUCAGUGAUGAAUAUGCAGCCACAGCAACAUCAGCAGUUACCACCUCAAUCAGUUUAUGUGAUACAACAACCCGAAGUACAGCAGAUUCAAACAGCGAGAAUAAUUGUCAAUGCGACCAACAGUGUAUCGAUAUCAAAUAUAUCGCCGGAUAUUCUAUCACCGAUGUCACCUGAACCCCUAGUCGUUACUGAUCAAUCAUUGAAACACAAAAAAGACAAGGCCAAAUCGUCAGAUAAAUCCAAGUAUCAUCUCAUUGGUGAAAAUCGUAGCGAUGCUAUUAAUGUAUUAUCUGUUAAAACGCCACACAAGUCCAAAGGCGUUUCUUAUAAAAAGACACCUAAGUCGAAAAAAGGCGCAGUUACUGCUGGAUUCAGUAAUAUGAGCUUUGAAGACUUUCCGAGUGAUGAAAACGAUGAAAAAACGGUAAGUGGAUCUGCCGUUACGCCUUUCGAAGUUAUUCGUGAGCCGGAAAAACGUUUCGGAUCACUUAAACGAAGAAGCAAUCCAUUUACUUGA